UAGCAACGUUUGGACCUAAUUACUUAAAAGUUAAAGUAAUCAAGUUAUGGUUUGACAACAAUAAGUUAGCAUUAAAUCUGUGCAACGCAACAAUUGUGAUUUUUGGAAAAUGUAAUUCAGUUCAUCAGGUAAAGGUAAAAACAGAGGGUGUAGAUGUUGAGUAGGCCAGUUUGAACAUGUUUUGAAGCAUCUCUGUCCUGGAAAAAGCUGACAGACAAGUUGGAUCACCAGUGUUGUGCUAGUUACUGAAACAUGGUAACUAGUUACAUUUACUGUGGAUCAAACAUCACCUUCCAUUCUUCAGAGGCUCGGUGUCUACGUGUCCUUGAGCAAGUCACCAAGCAGCUCCCAGUCCAUGGAAAGAGUUCCUCACAUGUGGCGGCCAUGCUCUCAGGCUUAAAAAAUUCACACUGAGAAUAAAAGUUUUUCUAUUCUGUUUAGGAAAAGGGUUGAAAGGAAUGCACUGAUGUGAAAUUUUUGACCAAUGGCCGAUGUGAAUACCGUGGUUACAGCUGAUCGUCAGGAUUUACUAUUUAUCAAUUAUUAUUGUUAUUAUUAUUGUCAUUAUUUAUCAAUGUUGAUAUAAACAAAUUUCUAUGGCUAGUUUGUAAACUGAAAACCAUGUAAAUACAAUGAACAGUGUUAGUUUCAGGCUGACUUUAAAACUUGUAGCAAGAACCUCCAUGAAAGUUCAGUUUAACUUGUAAACUUUUUAUUGUAAAUCUGAAAUCAAAAUACCAGAGGAAGCCGGGUACUCCGGCUUCCUCCCACGGUCCAAAAACAUGCAUGUUAAUUGGUCGCCCUAAAUUGCCCCUAGGUAUGAAUGUGUGCGUGAAUGGUUUUAUGUCGGCCCUGCGACAGACUGGCGACCUGUCCAGGGAGACCCCGCCUUCGCCCACAGCAGCUGGGACGGGGGGGUCAAAAUGUGAAUCAAUACGAGUCACAUUGGCUCACAUCUAUGAAACUGCUAAAUCAAACAUAUCUGAACCGUGACUGAGAAAUUGAGACUGACUCAUUCUUCGACAUUUUAAACAGUCGUGCAAAAUUAUACACCACGGCCAGGAAACCGCCACUGUGACCAUUUUGGGUGGGUGUUACCUGUCAAAACUGAUCCAACCAGCCAGGCAGGACAGACCUGGCUGCUCGUCGCAUACAAACAUCCGUGAUGAGCCCCUCCUGUCAAAUACCAGUCUCUGACCUCCUCCUGCCAAGUCGCGACCAGGUCCUCCGUGAUGGCGGCCAAAAGGAGCGUGGACGACGUGAAGACCCUGCUGAGGAGCUGCAAAGGCCUCAGCUCUCGGCAGAGGAUGGACUUCUACGACAGCUGGGCCGAGACGUACGAGCAGGAUUCACAUACGAUGAACUACACAGCCCCGCACCAGGUGGUAGACUUCCUGAAUGCAAACUUCUCUGGCAACCCCAAGGAGGCCCAGGUUCUGGAUGUGGCCUGUGGAUCAGGACUCGCAGCUAAGUUGAUGGCUGAACAUGGCUUCAGGAACUUUGUGGGAAUAGACGGCAGUAAAGGGAUGCUGGAGGAGGCUGCAAAGACCAAACUGUACCAGGAUCUGAAACAGGCUAUCCUGGGACCAGAACCACUGCCUGCACAGAGCGGUAUGUUUGAUAUCGUGAUCAUCGUGGGCGCGUUACGUGACGGUUUUGUGCCGGUCAGCGUCAUUCCGGAGCUCUGCAAAGCCGCCAAACCAGGAGGCCUCAUCUGCAUGUCGAGGAUCGAGCUGAAGUCCGAAUCUGGGGAACGAUAUGCAGCAUCGAUGGAGCGAGAGAUGCAGCUGAUGGAAACACAACGACUCUGGACUCAUGUCGCCUCCAAAGAACUGAAGGGCUACAUGAUGAAUGUUUAUGAUGACUCUACUCAGGAAGAGGAACAGAGGAAAUACCUGGAUGGAAUCAUUUACCUCUACAGAAAGUCACUUUAAUCAACUGUAUGACAUGGAAAUUUAAUCUGAA